ACGACAGGAAACGUUUGACUGGGAUGCAAUGGAGUAGGACCACAGGAAAACUCGGGUGAAAGGGGGGGACACCUUUUCUUUUUUUGGGAUUUUUGCGAUGGUGCCGUGAAAAUGUGAUUUUGGCGUGGCGUAUAUCGGAAUUAAAAGUCCCAGGUGAGUCUUUUUUUGGCCUACGCGAAUCCACAUUGUAGGGGGUGGAAAAAAGAACCAGCACCACAACCAGCAGCGCCACAGCCACAGCCACAGCUCGCCUCCUGGCAACGGGCACACGCGGGGUCCUCCUCCCGGGGACAUCUCACUCCGGUAUCCGUCCCCCCUCCCUCCCCACCCGAAGAAGGCUGGCUGGCCCCGCGUUGCGUCCAGCCUGGUGCUCCUUUUCCACGUUAGAAGCCCGGUUUUUCUUCGUCUUCCCCCCAGCAGCAGAGCGACAAAAGCGGAUUAUUAUUCACGAUGGUCUCGGCAUGGCGCACAAGCCGCGGAGAAUUGCUGUUUUUGUAGCCACCGAUACCGGAGGACCGCCCGUGCUUGAAAAUGGAGAAACGAGGAGAUACAAUGGAGCUCCGUGGACGUGGGUGUGAAUGACUUGUGGCUGUAGGGUGUCGUGAGUGGGCCAGCUUCCUGCACACACUCACACACACACACACACACACACACACACACACACACACGCACGCACGCCCUCCAAGGAGGAGGGAGCUAACUGCGAGGGCUCCGGUGGAGAGCACACAUCAGUGCCCAGGGGACCUGAGGGAGGCCUGGUCCCUCCAUAUGAGGCCCUGCUCAAAGGGCAGGGGGGGCUUCUGAGUGUGCCCAAGGGCCAUUGAAAGCCCCCUUGAGGAGUUUCAUAAAUACACAGUGAACGAGAAAAGACUCCUGGACUAUUGUUAUUGUUUUUACACAUUUUCUCCCACACACACACACACGCACACACAAACAGGGGCGCGCAGACACACUCCACAGACAAGGACUUAAGGGAGAAUGUUGGAGGUCCAAGAGGAGAGGCCAGCGGCGGCAGGUACAGCAGCGACACAUUUCAGCAAGAAAGAGCGCGGCAAGAAAGAGCGAGAGGACGCCAAGGACGGACGGGGAAACCUCACUAACCUCGGGAAUCCCGGCUCCAGGAACGUGCGUGCCAAGGCGCCGCUCACACACGCAGGCAGUCCUCAUCAGCUCAUCACUUCGCCCUGUUCUGUCGUACUGGUAACCCCAUCAAUGCACUCCAAUAGGCUAAAGAACUCCCCAUCCACCAACACACAAAGCCCUAAACCUAAGACGGAGGUCAUGGUACGCUCACCUCCUGUCAUGUCCCCCUCCACUGCCUCCCAGCUGGACUCUAAAAUGCCCAAUCAGGGUAAGCCGGGGAGCGCUAGUAGCCAAUCACAGCCCUCGCCCUGCGAUCCCAAGACCCUGGGUGCCAAAGGAGCACAGAGUGUGUCAGGGGGCAUCGGGCUGAAGAACGGCCAGAGCAUGACCUCCGGCCCGAGCUCCAAAGUCAAAGUGAAAAGGGAGAGAAGCACAUCCGUGGAGUCGUUUGAACAGGCCGAGAGUGGGACGCCAACCAGUGAGGAAAAAGACAGCACCAGGGUAAAGAGGAUGUGCGUGGCGGAGAGGAGGCAGCCUUACAGUGGAGCCGACUGGUGUUCUGGGGGAGAAAGUGACGAAGACGACAAAGGAUUCUUCAACUGUAACUCCAGUGACGUGAAGCCCCCGGACUCUGUCAGCCAUUCUACCUCCAACGCUGGGCUCAGUCGCUCCUCCACGCCCUCCCACAAUUUACUGGGAGGCCAGGGCUCCACGACAGAACCUGCCAGUGGGCAGAAACCUGGAUCAAAAGUCGUCUAUGUCUUUACCACAGAAAUGGCUAACAAGGCAGCUGAUGCAGUUCUGACUGGCCAUACAGAAAACAUCAUCGCCUUCCACAUGAAAAACAUUUCUAACAGCAAAGACAAAGCUCACCUCCUUCUGAACAAUGCAGCAAACGCCCUUCGAAAUGACUCAAAGUCUUCCCAGCAACAGCCAUCCCAUGGCCAAGAACAGAGCCACCAGCCCGGAUCCAAGCCGUCCAUAGCGGGCAUGGCAGAGCCAGCCCCUCCCCAGUCCGCGAACCAGGGAAGCCAACCUGGUGGUCUGUCACAGGAUGGGUCGUCCACUGCAGGCAUUGAAUCCAAAAAUCUUCCUGGGAGCAGCCCUAGCAACAACACGGCCCCAAUGGACCAGACGCCCAUCAACCAACCUGAGGCAGGCCUCAAUGUUCCCACAGGGGGUGAAGGAGGGCAGGGCGGAGGCCCUCCUGGGCCAGGUCUAACGCCACAGCAGCAGCAGCAACAGUUGGCUCAGGAACUUUUGAACAUGGAAGCCAACACAGAGGGUCUGUCCCAAGAACAGUUGGAGCAUCGCCAGCGCUCGCUACAGACAUUGCGAGAUAUCCAGCGCAUGCUUUUCCCAGACGACCGUGACGCCCCACCCCCUGGGCCUGCACAGCCUCAUGUUGGGCCCCAUGACGGAGGCCCUGAUGGUGCACCCCGGAGAUCUGAGCCAGGUCCUUUACAAGCCAUGAUGGCACAGUCUCAAAGCCUUGGACCACCAGGGGGACCGGGAGGACCUCGCCCACAAGGUCCGCCCUUUGGCCCACCCCAUGGCCCCAGAGACAUGCCCCCAUUUCCGCAAGAUGAAAUGGGUCCCCAUAUGGGGGGUCCAGGAGCUUGUGGAGAUGGCGAUCAAAUGACCCCGGAACAGGUGGCUUGGUUGAAGUUACAGCAGGAGUUUUACGAGGAAAAAAGGAAGAAACAAGAGAUGCAGCACCGGCCACUUCCUCCAGACAUGAUGAUGCACCCCCAUGGUCCACGUGGCAUGAUGAGAGGACCCCCGCCUCCCUAUCAGAUGGGCCCAGGAGAAAUGUGGGGUGGACCAAGUGGACCGCAAGACCCUUACCCAGAACGCAUGGGCAUGGGCCCUGGCCCUGGCCCAAGAGGCAUGCCCCCACACAUGCAGAGGAUGCCUGGCUUCUCAGGCAUGAUUAAUCCUGAGAUGGAGGGACCCCCACGGCCUGGGAUGGGAUGGCCUGACGACAUGCCGCCUCGCAUGGGAGAUGCACGAGGAUUUCCUGGGGGUCCCGGAGCCAUGUUUUCUGGUCCAGGUGGUCGAGGGGAGCGUUUCCCAAAUCCUCAGUCAGUCCAAGAAGCAAUGUUCCACCAAGGUAUGGGGGGAGAGAAGGGGCUACCCCCUGGCAUGAUGAUGGACAUGCAAAGAAUGAUGAGCCACCAAAGAGGUGGAAUGGAGCCUGGUAAUGGCAUGGGUAUGUUUCCUAGAAUGCCCGGUGACGGUCCUAUGAGCCCGUCGUCAAGGCUCCAAGGAAUGGGGGGUCGAGAAAUGGGUCCUGAGUUUGGCAUGGGACCAGGUCCUGGGCCGGGACCUCACAUGCAUCCUUCCAAACUACGAGAGCCUCCAAUGAACAUGAGUCCAGAUGAGAUGAUGAGAAUGAGAGGAGGACCUCCGAUGGAAAACAUGGGGGCUCAAGGAAGGCCGAUGCAGGGCCCACCCUUCCCCGAGCAGCCACAACCUGGAGACUUUCCUCUGGGACCUGGGCGGCCUUUCCCAGGGGGUCCUGGAGGAAUGAGGGGCCCACAUGGAGAACCACCAUUUGGCCCAGAACACAGAUCUACACCAACGGGGGGCAAUGGUCGUAUGAACCACCUGCCCUCUAAUGCUGGGCCUCAACAGGGCCAAAGGGGGCGCAAGCCAGCUGAUCUGAAUGUCCAGGCAGGAGGGGGAAACUCCCCCAGCGUCAACCCACUCAAAUCUCCCCCCCUGAGGCAGGUGCAGUCCCCCAUGAUGGGCUCACCCUCCGGAAACCUCAAAUCACCUCAAACGCCGUCCCAGCUGGCCGGAAUGCUCACAGGUCCCACGGGCCCCGCCGCUCCUCCGGCACCUCCAUCGUCGGCGCCGAUGAAGUCACCACACUCCAUGAUGGGAUCGGCCGGCGCCUCUCCUGUUCACAUGAGGUCUCCUUCUCUUCCCAACCCCUCACCGGGGUGGGCCUCCUCGCCAAAACCGCCCAUGCAGAGUCCUGGCGUGCCACCGCAAGGCGGCAAACCCCCGCUCAGUAUCACUUCACCAAACAUGAUGGGGAACAUGGAGCAAGGUGGUAAUGGCCCCGCCUCUGCCCCCCCUUCCUCCGGCGCCGCGUCGGGCUCCAUGUCCCUGCCGGGCAACGUGCCAUCGGGCAGCCCUUACACCAUCCCCCCCGAGCCGACACUGUCCCAGAACCCGCUGUCCAUCAUGAUGUCUCGCAUGUCCAAGUUCGCCAUGCCCAGCUCCACGCCGCUCUACCACGACGCCAUCAAGACCGUCGCCAGCUCUGACGACGAUUCGCCCCCGGCUCGCUCCCCGAAUCUGCCUUCAGUCAACAACAAUGGUAUGCCAAUGAACCACCAAGGAAAUCCACGCAUGAUGGGACCUGGCAACGCUGGACCCAUGCCGGCCCUCAGCCCCCUGGGUAUGAACCCAAUGGGGUCCCAGCCUCUCUCACACGGCAUGCCCCCGCAAAUGCCUUCCCCGAACGCCCCCAACAUGGGCCCCGGUAUGAUGCCUCAUGGCAUGAUGAUCCCACCAAACCCGCAAGACCCCGGCAUGGCAAACCCUCAAAUGAUGCCCCAGGGACGUCUCGGGUAUCCCCACCGAAACCAAGGCUACCCGCUCACCCAGUCCCCGUCCCAGCAGGGCCCCUUCUCUCCGCACAACGGCCCUGGACCCCAAGGUUUUCCCGGCCACCCCAUGGGCUUCCAGGGAGAGGGAGGCCCCUUGGGAGGGAGGAUGGGUAGUAUGCCUCACGGAGGAGGGGCGGACGGGGUCAUGUGUAAGCCGAACACCCCCGGGGGACCGGAGUUCAACAACAUGCAAGGUGGAUUCAGUGAGGCGGAUCUUCACGAGGUGAUGCGGCCGGGAGCGUCCGGCAUUCCCGAGUUCGACCUGUCCAGGAUUAUCCCUUCGGAAAAACCCAGCCAGACUCUGUCCUACUUCCCUCGCGGUGGAGGAGACAAUCCCGGAGGCAAAGCGCCGCACCCCUCCGGCUUCCCCAUGCAGGCCAUGAUGGGUGACGGUCCACCGAGAAUGGGAAUGCCCAUGCAGGGUAUGGGUGGAAUGCCCGGGGGACCCGGCGGGGGAAUGGGACCCCAAGACAUGCCGAUCGGCAACCCCGGCCACAACUCCAUGCGCCCGCCAGGAUUCAUGGGCCAAGGCAUGAUGGGCCACCAACCCCGAAUGAUGUCCCCUGGGGGUCCGGGAGGGAUGAUGCAGGGGAGACAAAUGGCCCACCCUGGACCUGGGGGAUCCCCUAACAUGAUGAUGUCACUGCAGGGCAUGGGUGGCCCCCCACAGCAGACAAUGAUGAUGGGGGGUCAGAUGAGGCCACGUGACAUGGACAUGGGCUUCAGUCCGGGUCCCGGAAUGUUCUAAUGCGGGGAACUUUGUAUGGUGAAUGUUCUCUGGCAGCGUGUCCAUAGACUGAAAGGAAGGAAGUAUUAUCCACAAAAAUGGACAGAGUGGACAUCUUUUUGCCACAUUUUGACUCAUGAACUUCAGAAUGUAUGGAAUUGUUGUGCAAAAAACUGUUCUCGUGGGGGUUUUUUGUUGCUUUUGACUUUAAAGAGGACAACCAAGAGGACUUGAGCUCAGCGUGGAGUACUACAGUAUACUUUCCCCCAAAAUAAGAUCAUGGUAUGGAACAGGAUGGAGACCAACGAUGGCUUUGCGACGACUCCAUCCAUUGUUUUUUGUUUUUAUUGACAGUUUUUGUACAGUAUAUACGUGUGAGUGUGAGUGUGUGUGUGCGUGUGUGAGUGUGUUUCUGUAUGUACAGGCAUUCUAUCAGUGACCUCUCGACCUCCUCCUUACCCGACUUUAUUUGGGGGGGGGAGGAAGCACCCCCCUUAAAAAAAAUACUGUACUGUUUUCCAUUGGUGGGCUAUUGGAAUAUUAGUCUAUUUUAAUUUCCUUUGUAACUCCAGUGUAUAACAAACCAAACUAUGACCUCAUUAAGAUAAUAGUAUUAUUAAAGAAAGAAAGAAAAAAAAAAAGCACAAACACGGACCGUCUGCCGAAAGCGUCUUCUUUCUCUAUUUUUACCACAUGAAGUGUGUGUGAUGGGAGGGGGGAUCCUGAGGGCCUUUGCAGCAAAGUACUCCAAAAACAUCCAGGACUUCUUUAGCCAGCGUGAAUACUAUUGCUAAUACCCAGAUGUGCUAUGUGUCUUCUUGUACCUGUUUUUAUUUUUUUCUCUUGUUGACUCUGGGUGAAUCAUUCCCACAGCAAUAACCCCCUCCCCCCCAAAAUGGUCAGCAGAAUGGAGUGGCUUAACGCCGCAGCAAGUCUGCCAUAGAACUAGUUAGCGAUAUAGUUAAGGUGGCCAGAGUGAGACACCAAUGUAAACACGCACUGCUUUUACCAUCCAGUUGACUUCCUCUUCUCUUUUUCUCUGUUGUAUAAGCUUGUCAUUGUGUUUCUCCGUUGGCUUUGGUGCAAAUAGUCUACCAGGGCUGUGGUGAUGGACUACAAAUAAAAGAUAUUGUUUUGGUAUAUACAUGUCGUCCGUGCUGUAUGUGUCUGUAUGUACUUAUAUGUCAAUGUGUAUGUGUGUGUCCAUGUUUUGUUAUUUUUCCUCAUAGUUCUCAUUCAUCAACUACAAAUAUUUAGCAUUUAUCGCCCUUAAUUCUUUAAUAGGCCCUCAUCAAAAUAUUUAAAAACGCACCAAUCAGUAUCGGCUGAUUGCAAUAGCACUUACCCGCAGCAACCUUUUCCUGUAUGUAGUGUCUUAACUAACUAACAUCUUUGGCGGUGUCGUCCUCCUACUUCCUGCAAAACAAAAACUAGCAUGUCUGCCGUGUGGGACCAAAUAUCUAACACAUGUCACGAAAAAUACCCGGCGGGGGUAGCACGUUAAAAAGCUUUAAUACGGCAUUUGAAGAACAACACUUGGACGUAUGGAGAGUUUUGAAAGCUCACGGCAGAUAAUGCUGCCAUGUGGCUAACACUCGCUUUCAUGCGCCAGACGAUAGACAUAUACGCAGACGCCGCAACCAGCGCUGAGCCGUACGUCUUCGUCGCCGCCGUAUUGGAUGUGUCAAGGUUGAAAUUAAUACAAGUAAAUGUACAUACUUUCAUAAAACGCCUUUCUACAAAUACAUUGAAGUUAAUGCCUCUCGUUUAUAGAUUCGCACGUGUAGUAAUAUACUUGGGAGACAGGCACAAAAAAUUGCGAAGCUCAUAUACAUUGUUUUUGGUGCCUGUUUCCCAA